AUGGUAGCAUACGAGACCAUGAAUUUCAUUCCCAGUCUGGAUCGAAACGACUACAGCUCUGGUACUGCGCUUGGUGCCAUCGCUGGGAUAGGCAUUGGAAUCGGAACUGAAACCUACCUGAGGAACAGGAUCUCCCACGAUACCGUACAUCUCGGCGGCCAGUCGUAUGUGUGGUACUACCCACAAAUCCGGUCAUUUGAUACCAAGAAUGCUGCUGCGAAGACCCUCUGGUCAGAGCUUCUGGCCGCCCAAGAUCGAGAAAAAAUUAGUCGUCAGGAGCAGGACUUCAGAUAUGUGGGCGCGCGCGCUGGAGGUUCUUUGGCAAACAGGACCAAUGCCAAUCUCCUCGCACCCGCUGUGUGCAACUACCGACAAGCACUAAGGUCUUUCCACUGGAUGAUAAUGCUCCCUGGCGCCGGUGCUGGCGGUAAGGGGAGCGCUAAGCGCUUGCAUGCCAUGUGGACCGACAGAGAGGGCUGGUUUUUUGAAACCCGCGAUCACAAUCUCCAGGAGUCUCGUAGUUUGUGCACGAUUGUUAAGAUCGGUUCUCGUCGGACGUCUGGUACCCGCACCUUUACCACUACAGAGGUCAGCGACCUCCUCAAGGCGAUUGACAUGGAGACCCCCGGGUUUGAGCUUGCCAUGGGGAUUCGGUUUGACUGUCGCGUAUGGUUUAGACAGGCCGUACGCGUUCUCAUACAGCAUGGCAUGGUAUGGUGCGACCGCAUAAUUGAUUUAGAGGCUGAGCUCCUGAGACUCGCGACCGCCAAGGCUGAGGGUCGCAGAGACGCACGCAUCUACAAUGUUUCGACGAAUUGUAAUUGGUUCGAGAAACGUUUUCCUCCUCCUCCCAUCUAA